AUGGCGUCCACAAGCCACUCUGGUGUCAACUAUGGAGCGCAGGUGGGAAUCAAUUAUGGCACAUCCAGGGCAGACUUCCACCUGCCUCCGGAGCGGCCGGAAACUCCACCCAGUCCUUUGUCAACUGUGCCAUUCGCACGCGAUCCAGACUUUGUCAGUCGCGAUACACUUCUUAAUCAGGAGCAACCAGUGCUCUGGGUCCAUACGAGUAACGCAACCCGAUUCGAGCAAAGUUUCCGAGAUCAUGAGUUCCUUCGCAAGUCUCCGGUGACUAGUCACGGAGAUCCGAAGAAUAGUCUAGUGAAUGUCUCCACAAAGCCACUAUUGGAAUACCUCCGUAGAAGCUUGGAUGGAUUUGUGAUUAUCAUAAGUCGGACUCGAGAGGCUGUUUUAAAAAUGGUCGAUUAUAAAGACCUUAUUGAUGUUGAACCGAUGGACAGGUCUGAGGCGCUAAAGCUUCUCCAAAGAAAGCUUGAACAACAAGGGGGAAAGUCAAGAAAUUCGACAUUUAGUGGAAGAGCUCGAAUUUAUCCCGCUAGCGAUUAUGCAGGCAGCAAGCUAUAUUAG